AUGGAGGGUAAGAUUAGGACUUCAGAAUUGAUACCAUUCAUAGUGAUGGUGAUUAUGGAAGGGUGCACUAUAGGACUAACUAUACUUGCAAAAACUGCAAUAACAAAUGGAAUGAGUCCAUUUGUGCUCAUUGUUUAUACCAAUGCUUUGGCCACUAUAGUUUUGUUUCCUUCUUCCUUUUUAUUAAACCGCCAAAACAGAAAAGAGAAGCCACUUUUUACUUUCUCUUUGUUUCUGAGAUUCUUGCUACUGGGUUUCACUGGAAUAACUAUGACUCAGACACUUUUAUUUCUGGGUCUAAGUUACAGUUCUCCAAUACUUGUAUGUGCCAUGAGCCACUUGAUCCCAACCUUUACUUUUCUCCUCAAUAUCAUUCACAGGAAGGUAAAGUUGAAUUUGAAAAAUUCUGGUAUCCAAGUUCAAGUAAUAGGUGUAAUAGUAUCAUUAAUGGGAGCAAUAGUAGCUGAAUUCUUGAAAGGACCACUCAUAAGACCCUCUUCUCACCAUCUUAGAUACACUAAGCAACUUUUUGUCUUUUCCUCUACACCUGAAUUUUGGGUUUUUGGUGGCAUUUUGCUUGCUGCUGCUUCUUUCUCAGUUUCACUUGCCAACUUUUUUCAGAAAGAAACUGUUAAGCAUUAUCAAGAACCAAUGAAGAUGGUUUCUUAUUAUACCUUGCUUGGGACAAUUCUUAGUGCAAUAGUGUCAUGCAUAUUUGAGAGUGAUGUAAAUUCUUGGAAGCUAAAGCAUAACAUGGAGCUCAUUCUAGUUGUUCUAACGGGCAUAUUUGGGGGUGUGAUUCGUCCAAAUAUUCAAAUUUGGUUGAGUAGAAUGAAGGGUUCACUUUAUGUGCCACAGUUUAAGCCUUUUGGUGUUGCUUUUGCUACCACUUUUGGAGUUUGCUUCUUUCCUAAUAGUCUUCAUUAUGGAAGUGUGAUAGGAGCAAGUGUGAUUGGAAUGGGGUAUUAUACAGUAUUGUAUGGAGAAUUCAAAGGAGAUGAAGAUGAAAAAAGUAGUGAGGAAAGCUCAGAUUCUUUGGACAAGAAGAUUCCUCUUUUGCAAGAAAAUAUGCAAGUGUAA